UUGGACAAAGAACGUAAAGCUGUGUGGAUAUGUCAUGCAUGUAAAAAUCGUCAACCUAAGAGUGAUAACCAGAACACUCCCAUUCGCGGCAACACAAUGUACUCAGAAGGCUGUAUGGAGAAGGAGACAGAAGAAUUGGCAAGUAAUUUAAAUGUAAAAGUGCGCGCCAAGUCUAACAGGCGGGAGGUCAGCCCACUACCAGCAACUUUAGAAAAAAUCGGCGACUUACUUGAUAAUAAAUUAUCGGACACAUCACCAAUUUUUCGCAAAUUACGAUUAACUAUUCUGGAGGAUAUCAAAGCAAUAAUAUCUCAGGAGAUUAAUUUAGCCCUCAAUGACUUCAAAAACGAGCUGACGCAAGCUACUGACUUUUUAGCUACUGAACAGGCGGAUUUGAAAGUAAAGGUAGAACAAAAAUACAAAGAAAUUAAAGAUUUACAGACUCAGACUUUAAAACUUAAAAAAGAAGUUUAUACCCUCAAUGGUCGACUGUCUACCAUUGAAAAAAUCUCUAGAGACAAUAACUUGGAAAUUAACGGCAUACAGGAAAAAGCCAGCGAGGAUCUGUUUGGAUUAUUUCACACCAUUUGCAACACAAUUAACUCGCCGAUUGCGGACAGCGACAUUCGUGCCUGUCGCCGUGUGGCUAAGAUGGAUCAAGCUGCUGUUCGAAUUCGAGCUGUUCCGUAUUAG